AUGGAAGAUGACGUCGAGGAGAAAGUGGAGGAAGCUGACCGACUUCUUCCUCCCCAGUCUCUUCCCUCUAACUCCUCCUCAUACGAAUCUCGUGACAAGAUCGUGAUCGUCGAUUUCGAAUCAGCCGAGGAUCCCGCCCCGGCGCCACCUCCUUUCUCGUGGCGGAAACUGUGGCAUCGCCGGCUACUCUCUCCUAUGGCUCUUAAUGUGGGCCACCGCCACGGGAUACUGAUUCAGAUGCUCUCCGCUAGACUCGGUGUCGCCACCGGUAAGCAUCUUGCUGAGCUCUGCCACCACGAGUAUCCUACUUGGGCGAGGUAUUUGCUUGUGUCUAUGGCUGAGCUUGCUCUCAUCGCAGCUGAUAUUCAAGAAGUUAUCCGUAGUGCAAUUGCCAUUCAGAUUCUUAGCCGUGGCGUCUUGCCUCUCCGGGCUGGUGUUGUCAUUACCGCCUGUCGAGGAAAAUCGACCCAAAGAGGAAAUCACGGGUUCAAGAGGCGCUUAUUUUACUAUUUGAUCGAGUCAUCUGUCGCGCUUUUCAUCUCUUUCAUGAUUCACUUGUUUGUAACUACUGUAUUUGCAAAAGGGUUUUACGGAACCGAGAAAGCUAAUAACAUGGGCUUAGUUAAUGCUGGUCAGUAUCUUCAAGACAAGUUUGGAGGUGGGCUUCUCCCGGUUCUCUAUAUCUGGGGAAUCGCUGUUGUUAACAGCCGGACAAAGCAGUACCAUAUAACUGGUACAUAUGCUGGACAGUUUAUAAUGGGAGGGUUUCUGAACCUCCGUCUUAAGAAAUGGAUGAGGGCGGUUAUAACAAGAAGCUGUGCUAUUGUGCCCACCAUGAUUGUCGCUAUCGUGUUCAACACUUCUGAAGCUUCCUUGGAUGUUUUGAAUGAAUGGCUCAAUGUGCUUCAGUCUGUACAGAUCCCUUUUCCUCUUCUCCCUCUUCUAACAUUGGUAUCUAAAGAAGAAACUAUGGGAGAUUUCAAGAUUGGACCUAUUCUCCAGAGAAUAGCAUGGACUGUGGCUGCACUUGUGAUGAUCAUCAAUGGGUACCUUCUGUUGGAUUUCUUUGUAUCAGAAGUUAACGGGUUUAUGUUUGGAGUUACGAGAUAGCUAGCUGCACAAAAAUAACUCCCCCUCAGGCCAUAUGUUUACAUUUUGAAGAUACAACGUUAUAUACAAACCCAAAUUCAGGCACUAACAACGUCCAACACAAGGCUUCAACCUUCUUUACGCCUUGUCUCUUAUGGUAACAUCCUCAAAGAAAGCAAGAGGCAGCUCGGGUGAAACAGGCAUGGUCGCAACAUACUUGAACUGCAUCACCAAGAUAUUUAGAUAUUCAACAUCUAGAAAUGUUGUUGUAACAUAUACUAAGAUACAAUUUUAUAUCAUUGUAAUGCUGUUUUUUUUUUUACCUUAUGUUGCUUGUAUUUAUUUCUAACAGCUUCUAGAUCGUUCCCUCUUCUGCUUAGAUACAAGUCAUGUAUAAUACCCACACAUUGUUGCAGAUCAGACGCUUUGUACUUUGUGUACUCUUCU